AUGGGACCUCUCAAACCGUAUCGACCACCUCCUGCAUGGAAAUCUGCAUCGAUGGGAUUCAUCCCUAAUGCAAAUACAACAAGAGCUUUGUUUAUGAAUUCUUUUCUUCCUGAAUUUUAUAAGGCAAAGUACAAGCACUGUCAAAAUCGUAAAGACUUUGUAAAACAAUUUCAUGGGACAGGACGACAGCUUUACCAAUUGAAGCAACAAAUUGAUGGUAUUGAGAAACAAAUAGACUCUAUGAUGAAUAAAGAAAAUCCUGCCGCAGUAGGAGCUGUUUUUGACGGUGGUUAUAGCUUAGUUCCUAGUGAUAAUAUCAGAAUUACCAACAACAUUGGGAAAGGCACACAAAUAACUUCAAAACUGAGUUCUCUUCUUGAUGAAGUUAAAAUUAUGGACAACAAACUGUUCAGUUCUUCGGGGAAAUUGAAACAUGGAGAGGAAGCUACCCAUAAGUUAUUUGAACAACAGAUUGGCAAAAUCACCAUUCUCCAAACAAGAGUACGUUAUAUUAACAACAGCCUUACAGAAUUGAAAGAAAAAUGUUCCAGGCUCUUUAAGGUGCAGUAUUCCAAGCCAACAAGUAAAAAAAGGAAACAAAAACAAAAUAAAAGGAAAGCAAAGAAAGCUAGGGCAACAAGAAUGGAAGCUAACUGCAAAAGAGUUGUUGAAACUAUUGCACCUCAGCAAGAGUCGCAUGAUGUUACAGAGCCUAUUGGCCCAUUAUCUCUUCAUUAUGAAGGAAUAAGUGGGCUCCUCAAAACACAAAGGCCAUAUAUCCAAUAUGCCUUUGAAAAGGGAUUGUUCACCAAAGAAUCACAGGACAUUAUCAAGCAAUAUAUACGCUUCAACUUAAAUGAAAAUCAUGAUGACGAUGAAAGUGAUUGUAUCAAUGCUGAAGAGAUAAAUGAUGAUGAUCAAGAUUCUCACAGCAGCAUUGAUGGUGAUGCUGAAGACAGUGAUGAAUAG